AUGUCAUAUCCGGACCAAGCAAAGAAGUUUUUAUCGCACAUUGACUCAUCGACGUCAGGAAUUUCCGUUUUAAAGCAAUUCGAAGCGCAAACAGGACUUCCAAGGUCCUACGCCGUCUUAGGUGCCGUUGGUGUCUAUUUUGUUUUAAUCUUUUUAAAUGUUGGUGGAAUUGGACAAUUAUUAUCUAACAUUGCUGGCUUCAUUAUUCCAGGCUAUUUUUCUUUAAUUGCUUUGGAAACGACCUCAACCAAAGAUGAUACUCAAUUGUUAACCUACUGGGUAGUAUUUGCAUUCUUGAAUGUUAUAGAAUUUUGGUCUAAGGCAAUCUUGUAUUGGAUCCCCUUUUACUACCUUUUUAAGACCGUUUUCUUACUCUACAUUGGUGUACCUGCCUUUGGUGGUGCCACCUUAAUAUAUGGUACCUUAAUUCAGCCAUUUGCUAAAAAGUAUGUGAGAAAGGAUAUUGCAAAGGAUAUUAACGAUGCUGCUGAAGGAGUAUCCUCCUCAGUAGAAAUUUGA